AUGAAAGAAGUCGGGUUCACAACAUAUCCCGAUCUUGAAACGAAACAACAUGUUUACAUGCGAUAUAAACAUGAAGGUAGUCCCAAGUGGUAUGUAAAAUGCAAUGAACUUGUGACACGAUCUGAUGGCGUAGUUUGCCGGUGUUCAAUGCAGGAAAUUCUUGAGUUUUGGAUGAAAGAAUACGGUCAAGCCAAAAGUAGCUUAACCUCAAAACAAGCAUUUUAUGAGCUUACAAAGGGUGUCAUGAAUGAAUUCAAAGGUAUUUACAUACAUCCUGACCUCGUUCAUUUUGUUGCUGAAUGGUGCUCUGUAAAGUAA